AUGGCAAAGCUAUUGCCAUACUAUUUUAUGUAUUCUCUUGCGAUCAGGUAUAUCGAGGAGCAAAAAUCCUCAAGCCGACGCGACUUGGAUAUUGCCCAAUAUCCAUGGUGGGAGGAACAGCAGUGUAUUCUCGAUGCCAAUAGCUUUAUUUGCGACAUCGAAGAAUCAGUCAAGGACCAGCCUGAGACCGAUGCACUGUUGCUGGAGCGAGGCAAACAAGAUUCCUUGCUACACCCGUUUCUGCUUGAGCUUUAUGAUUUUAUCGUUGCGCAGCCAUAUAUGUCAGCUGUGGAAGACUGGCUUCAACGAGAAGUGAAAUACGCGGAUGAAGUGAUCCCAGUUGACGGAGAUAUGGACCCUUGA